AUGUGCUGUUGUGGUUGUGUCAGGCGGGAAAUCCCUUGCCGAGGGCCAAUUUUCUUGGACAAAAAUGGGAGGCAUGUCAUUGCUCGGCUCCCAUAUCCUUUCACAGUGCCUGAGCACUACACUAUAGCAAGCAAGGCUGCUACUUUGGACUAUCUCCGCUUACAUGGAAUUCCUACUCCUGAAGUCUAUGCUUGGUGCUCGACAAAAGCGAACCCUGUUGGCGCUGACGAGAUAUGGUACACAAUGACUCCAAAACAGCAACACAAGGUCAUGAAACAGAUUAUCCAGUGGGAGACACAGUUCAUGUCAUUAAAGUUCCCUGCAUAUAGGAGUUUAUACUAUCAGAAGGAUAUUCCAACAGAAAGGAAAGUUCCACUACAACACCUUAAUGGACAGUUCUAUGUAGGACUAAUAGCACAUUACCGUUGGUGGCACAGUGAAAGGAGCAUACUUGAUAUUAACAGAGGCCCCUGGUCAUCAUCAACCAACUUAUUUCCGGCCAUUGGUGAGUGGGAGUUGGCCUGGGCUAAAGCCUAUGCCAAACCUCGCCUUCCCUAUGAGUGCAUUUAUAGGGAGAUCUAUGGUUAUCACCAGCUGGCAGCAUUGCAUAUCCUUCCCCUUAGACUUGCAGCUAGUAUACCAAAAGAUCUGACCAGUUAUCCAUUUAAGAGACUAAUCUGGAAAAGACUCAUCUAUUUCCUUUACGCCGCGUUUACGAGGCGGCUGAAUGAGGAACAUUUCAAUACGAAAUUUGACCAGUCUGCUAUCCUGCAUCAGCGUCUUUUCGAAAGUUCGAGUAGUCCUUGGGAAGGGGAUUCAAUCAGUCUAAAGGCCAACAUGACCCGUGCCAUACAAAGCUGGUCAAAUCUGACUUCAGCAGACUCUGUCGGUCGUGGACGGGAAGCAUGCAAUACACCUAGUCUUACAUACUCAGACAGAGUUGUCCGUGAUACUCCUGCUUUGGAUGCGCAACAGAAAGAAGCUGACGACGCAAUGGAUCAUAUGCGGAAUGUUUUGGGUGUCGACGAAUAUAAGGCUGCGAAAGCAAUGGCGCGUGAGAUAAAAGCCAAAAUGAUUCAAGUAGCUGAGAUGGAUGAAGACAGAAUAGCGAUUCAGAACCACUUUCCCUUUGACGACUUUGAUGAGAAGUCCUAA